AUGAAGUGGUGUGAAACGCAAAGCAUUUGGAAGGAUUAUCACAAGGUUAAUCGUCUUAUGAGCUUGGCAUCUUUCUUGAGCUGGCAGAUUUGGAAAGAAAGAAACAACUUGGUUUUUAAUAAAAUUGAAUGGGAUCCAGUGAUGAUUAUAGAAAAAGCAUUGUUCUUCUUUAAUGAAUUCAAUGGUACUUUGUCGAAGGAAACCUCUAAUGCAUCGUCCACGGGUGGUGGUAUUCAUCAUACUAAUAGUUGGGUUAGUCCUGCUCUUGGUAGGUAUAAAUUGAAUACAGAUGCUUCCUUUCAUAAGCUAACUCGUUAUAAUGGGUCUGGUUUGGUACUCCGUAAUCAUUGUGGAGAAGCUGUCAAGAGGUUGCAGAGGCUUUAG